GUUAUGCUGGUUUGUGAUGACAACUACUGUACAGUAUAUAAUCAAUGUUCAUUUUUUGUUCAACAAUAAAUGUGAAUUCUUCUUCAUGGAAAAAUAAGACAUCCCCUGAAAAUAAGACCUAGUGCAUCUUUGGGAGCAAAAAUUAAUAUAAGACACUGUCUUAUUUUCGGGGAAACAUGGUAUGUACAUUUACUGAUCCUGCAUGCUCCGGUGUUCUGUUCGUUGGGCAUGCUUCCAAACACAAACUUUGCUAGGUCUUACUUUCAGGGGAGGCCUUAUAUUUAGUAAUUCAGCAAAACCUCUACUAGGUCUUAUUUUCUGGGGAUGUCUUAUUUUAGAGAAAACAGGGUAUAAAAGCCCAUACUGACGACUGUACAAAUGCCUAUUUCUCAGGGCCCUUUUAUUUCCCUAUGUGUCCAGCUGCACAUUAGAAUAAUGCCUGAUGUGAAUCUGUUUUGUCUGCACGCAGAGGCCCUUUGUGAUGUUGCCAAUAAUGAAAAAACACACACACAGCCUCCUAUGACAUUCAAACCAAGUGAAGAUCUAUUUGCUGAAAGCCUAUGUUCUUGUCAGAGAAGCAUAAAGGAAAACAAGGUGCCCUGGGCUGUGCAGAGCAUUGCGAUGUGCCCUUGGGCUCCUCUCCAGACAUGGCUUCUAUUUUGAUGAGCUCUCGGGGACGGUCUAUACUUACUUCCUGUCCUUGGAGGACUUGGGUACAUUGGAAAUGACAGAGGAGGACAAUGCGUGCAAAGGAGAAAAAACAGAAUGGGAACAUUGCUAAAACGGAGAAACCGGGGGAACUCUGGCAACACAUUUUGUAUUUUGGUAUAUCUUAUCCUUUUCAAACAUGUGCCCUUUUACAUAUCGACAUUCCAGAUAUAUAAGGCCCGGGCUGUGGCGCAGGCUGGUGAGCAGCCAGCUGCAACAAAUCACUUUGACCAAGAGGCCAUGAGUUCGAGGCCAGCUCGGAGCCUGCGUUUGUCUCUGUCUUUGAAUGUUUGCCUUAUAUGUGUAACUAGCUGUGCCCGGCCACACAUUGCUGUGGCGUUGUCUGGUGGUGUUGGUGAGAAAUUGUUGAGGUAGUGGUGGUAUUGAAUGUCUGUUGUAUGGUUGUCUUUAUGUUUAGUAUGCAUUUGGUUGUUUGUGUACUGUGAAAGUGGUGAGGAUAGAGGGGGGUCUAUGUCCCUGUGUAGUAUUGUAUAGUAUUUAUACGUUGUCCAUGUGUUGGGAAUGCUUGGAUUGUGUACUGUUGGGCUGGAUGGCCCUUAGGGGUCUCUCCAAACUCUUGUGCCUGUUCCCUGGGCUGAGUCGGCUGCUAGGAGACCAAGUGGGUGGAACUUAGCCUUCUAACUGGCAGCAAUUGGAUAAAAACAAUUAUUCCUCUCCCUCUAAUUAGGACUUUAUUUUUCUUUUCUUUUUGUUGUAUCAACCUAGAGACGUGGAUGAUGGGUUGUGUUGUCAAAUUUCGAGGUUGGGGGGCCUGUAGUUUUGUUGUUUUGUGGGUCGCCGUGAUGCCAUCACUCUUUUAUAUAUAUAGAUGUAAUCCGCCCUGAGUCCCCUUCGGGGUGAGAAAGAAGGGCGGAAUAUAAAUACUGUAAAUAAAUAAAAUAAAUAUAAACCCACCCUUGCCUAGUUUCCAACAGACCUCACAACCUCUGAGGAUGCCAGCCAUUGAUGUGGGUGAAACGUUUCUAUCCACAGUUAGCAACUCAGAUGAGCCCAAACAAUGAAGCUUUGUCAGCUUCCAGCGACUGUUGAAAUAAGGCAUAUUUAAGGUAUUGUUCUCUCUCUCUCUCUCAAAAAUAGCACAGGCAUGCAGAACCUUUUGACAUCCCAUCUUCAACCCCAUUCUGCUGCACAGUUGGCCCAUAUUUUCUUAUUAUGCUGAUGUCUGUUGUUAUCAUUUCAGAUUGUGACGGCCUUAGAAGGGGGCUGCCUGAGCCAAGCUGCGAAUGAGUGACAGAGAGAGGAACUUUCAAAGGGAAUAAUUAAUGGGUAGUUGUCACUCUUGGAGAGUUGCUUGAUAGCAGCUGAUUUACAAAGGGAAUCAUUUAUGAAGAGAUUGCCACAAGUUGUAAUUUAGGAAUCCUUGGUAGGGAUGGUACCUGCAAACGAUUGUGCCAGAUUCGAAAAAGAAGCCCAAGAAUGGGAAAGAAUUACUCCAUUGCAUCUUUCCAAGACAAAUGUCGGUUUGGACAUGGUAUUUAAAAGGGUGCAUUGUUUUGACUCACAUCUUGGAAACACUACAUCGUGAGGAAAGAUGUUUAAGGCAAUGGUUGGUGCAUGCAGAUUCCUUGGAUAGGUGUAAUGAAGUACGCAUUUUUGGUUUACAGAUGUUAUGUUUAAUUGUGUGUUUGUGUUUUAAAAAGGUAAGUAUUACAGUUAUUGCAUCUCAACACUUAGAGGCUGGUUGCCAUGGAGAAGUAGGCGGAGCCAACUGUCGUUUUGUUGAAGAAGCGCAGAGUUUAAAAAAGGGAUCAGUCUGUGCUCUGAUGAGGCACAGGGAAGAUUGAUCCUAGGUUGAGGGGAUCAAGGAGACUCAAUUGUUCAUUUUGAGUCAGUUUAAAAUAAGUUUGGUGACUUAUUUAAUGUAGUCUGUGUCCUGGUAAGGAACAGGGAAUCUGUGAUCGUAUAUCACAGGGGUGACUGUGGUUUAAAAGUAGCAGAGAAAGAAGUUCUAACUACUUUAAGUAAAAGAAGUGACACUUUAGGGAGUUUGACUCAUCUCAUUCUAGUAUUGUAACUGUUAAUAAAAAUACUUCUAAGUGAGAAACAACAUCGUAACCACUAAGCUCUGUGCCUGAAUAAACUUGUUAUUUUUCUUCCAACAUCUAAGCCUCUGUCACAUAUAUUAUAAACCAUACGCUACCAUCUAAAGUGAAGAAGAAGAAAGAAAAAAAGUAAAAGGUCUCCUCUCUGAGUCUUUGGUGGUUGCAUCUUUACAAAUUGGUGGCAGUUGCUAUUAGCUCCUCGCAAUAGGUUUAUCCAAAAGCAAAGUAUGGGAUCAAGCAUUGUUUUCUUCUCCCUCUAGAAGACAGCGUGACAGAUCCAGGGUUUGUUGCCAGCAAUGUUGCAGUGCAGACAUGCCCAGGAGUUCAGUUUUGGACCUCGGGCGCUGAAGGAUGCGCUGAUCUCAACCAACCCCGCGCUGCAGGAGCUGUACGCCAAGGCCUUCUCAAGUGCCGAGAAACUCUUCCUCUCCGAGGCCUACAAUCCCCGACGGACACUUUUCUGCAGCUUGUUCAUCAGGACGGCCUUUGACUGGAUUCUCAGCCACCCUGAUGCUCCGGAGGAUUUCGAAACCUUCUACUAUUCACUGUUGAGGAGAAAGCAACGAUGCUACCGGAAGCACAUAUAUUUGCAACCCAUAGACCUAAGUGAAGGUCCUGUUGGGAUCUCCUUGCUGGACUCCCUCCGCAGCUGUGUCGAAUCCUUCUUCCUGGGCCUCCGUGUUAAGUGCCUUCCUUCUGUGCCUGUCUCCUCCAUUCAUUGCUGUUACCGCCACAACCAGGAUUCGGACAGAGUGCAACUCCAUGCCGAUGGGAUUCUGACCUUCCUGAAGAACAACAAGCCAAUGGAUGCCCUCUGUGUUCUGGGCCUCACCCUUGCGGACCUCUACCCCUGCGAGACGUGGAGCUUCACUUUUGGGAAGUUUUUGCCAGGCCAAGAAGUUGGCGUCUGCAGCUUUGCCAGGUUUUCCGGUGAAUUCCCCCAGGUGGGCUGUACCACUUUGAACCCAUCCCCAUGGAGGCAAGAGGUGCACGAUGAUGUCCUGGAACAGGCCAGGAACCAGGCCUUGCUGUUCAACCUGCUGGAGAUGCUCCAGUGUUGCAAGGUCACCUGCCAUGAGAUCUGCCACCUGAUCGGCUUGGGAAACUGCCGCUGGCUUCAGUGCAUCAUGCAAGGCGCCUUGAGUUUGGAUGAAGUUCUGCUGCGACCGCUGGAGCCCUGCCCAAUUUGCCUUCGGAAGCUGCAGUACGUUGUGGGUUUCAAGCUCAUUGAGCGCUACCGGAAACUUUAUGCUUGGAUGCAAACUAUUUCAUCCACCUGGCUCAGCCAAGAACUGUCCGAGUUGUCUCUGUCAGAGGAUGUUUUGCAACCGAGCACGGACUCUGGGAUGGAUUGCGAGAACGACUCUGAGGCGGUCACGUCCCUUUCGGAACCCCUGACACCAGACACUUGCAGCCAAGCCGUUUCCACGUUGCAGGACCUGGAUCUUGACGAUCAGUCUUGUUCCCUGGCUGAUGCUCCAAGCCAGGAACAGCUGGGUAUUGCGCCGAAACCCUCGGACAUGAUCAAGGAGUACACGCUUUGGCUCCAGAUGUGCAUUGCUGCGCUUGAAAAGGACGUCUCCGAGGAAGAGAUUCUGCAAGUGGACAGGGCCGUGGACGCGAUGGCGCGGUGGGAAAUGUUCACAGGACGGCUGCCCAACACGCGGAGGGAGCUCCCGCUGCCCACCGACAGUCCAGGGCUACGGAAAGUCCUGGGUGACAAGUUCUCCUCCUUGAGAAGGAAACUGAGCUCCCGAAAGCAAGCCAAAGCAGAAUCCUCCCCUUGUCGCUGGAAAUGGGAGGAGAGCUAGCCCCACCAAGAGACUUUGCCUGAUCCUGGGGUGGGAUGUGGGGUCCUGGGGGUUUAGAUGUGGGUUUUGUUAGCUUCUUUUCUCCUUGUUAUGCCUCUUGUUCUUUUCAGUGCACGUUUUUGUCAUUCCGUUGAGAAGAGAUCCGUGAACUCUCUCCAAGUGCAAUAAAAGAAGCUUCUUUAUUGAG